AUGAAUGUGGAAGAUAUAAGAAAUGAAUUGAAUGAAUUACACAAAAAGCAAGCGGAUAGUCUUACAAAAAGGAAGACUAUUAUUAAAGAGAUUAAGAACUUCUCAUUUUAAAAAUUAGAUCACAAAAGGAUAAAAUUAAAUGAUGGAAAAGAAUAGAAAGUAUUUCAAAUAAAUCUUGUGGGUGCAAAGGAAGAACGUGCAGAAAAGUAAAAGUAGCUUGAUGAACAAGUACCCACUACCAUGAAAGAGAAGGAUAGACGUUUAGCAAAAUCCUUAUUAGGGAAUCAUCUCUAAAGGGCAAAACAAGACUUGAUGGGUGAGAAAUUGAAGUUGGAUAAAUAAAUAGAAAUAAGUAAGCGAUUAGAUGAUAGAGACAAAUAGGAUUUGCAAACUCUCAAGGAAGAUUAAAAUAAAAAGAAGAGUUAGUUAGUUAAUGAGAGGAAGUAAUUAGAGCGCGAUUUGGCUGCUGAUGAAUAUAAAAGAUAGGUUCUAUUACUCGAACUAUAAAUUAAAAUAAUGAGAGAUUUUUUUAUUACCAAAACGUAUCCUCAUAUUUUAUGGUAGCCAGCCAAAACCAAUGAGGGUAUGAAUCCCCUAAAAGAAUAUAGUACUGAAAAGUUUAAUGAAAUGGAAAAGGAUUUAAAGGAAAAAUUGUUGAGGGCAUAUACUAAUUUCACUGAUUCGCAAUAUUAAAAGUUGAAGGAAUAAUAAGUUUAAUAGGAGCACGAAAGUUCAUAAUCAGAAAGUGAGGAGUCACAAGAGAAACAGAAGGAAGAAGAAGGGUAAGAAUGA